UAAAGAUAGCAAGGCCGGAUUUUGGGGUGCAGCGAUGUAGCUCAAGACCCCCAUGGAAAGUUAGAGCUUAAAACGGGCCAAAGUCAACGACGUGACGUAUGCAUGUAGUGUACAUAUGUAUCCAGUUUAUUAAUUAAUUACUGGAUAAGACGUACAACUUAUACAAUUUUGCCCUUCAUUUAGACGAUUCAGGAAAGAUAAGGUUGUUAUCUAUGACGCAGAAGGUAACGUGUUAAUGACAGAAAAAGAAAGAGGCACAUGAUCUGUGCGUGAAAUGUGCAUGGUACUUGCCUGACGUGUUCAUGGUAUAUGCAUGAUAUGUAGGUGGUAUGUGUUUCACUAAGCACUAUUCGUGCGGCAGAUGGUGGUCAAUGAACACUUGUCCGAGCGGAGAAAAUUAUGUUACAGGAAAAUGGCAAUAUAUAUGGGAUAUGAAAAAACAGUAAAAGAUUAUUAUAUUAUUAUAUUAAACGUUCUUUCAAAUGAGAAAAUAAAAAAUAUUGCCAUUUCCCUUUAACCAACAGCAUUUAGUGGCAAAUAAGCAAGGUAGAUAGAUAGUGUCACCAUUUCUGGGGCUGCUUGUGCCUUCCAGUUGUUGACCACCAUCUUGUUAUAAGAUUUAUCACCAUGAAUCACAGUACUAAAAGCUAUAUUGUCGACCAAUCAUCAUCGAGGCAUGACAUAGAAGGAAGAAGUUAUUUCGCUGAUCUCAGAAUGACAUUUCAUCAAAAAAUUUUUCUUCAAGAUUGAUUUAGAAACAAACUUGAAGUAGGGUUAAAUUAAGUUAGGGUAUGUAUUAGGGUUAGAGUUAGUGUUUGGAGUAGCGUUAGUGUUAGUAAAACCGUUGCUUUGUUACGUUUUGUCACUCUGAGGCCAGCGAAAUAACCUCUUCCAACAUAGAAUUGAUGUAAUUAGUAAUUCUGUAGAUAUAUUUAAUUAAUGACGACUUCAUUAGGACCACGCCCUAUUUUUUAUUGGUUAAAACUGCCCAAUAUAUACCAGAUUAUAGAAAUGUGAUGGCGAUUUUUAAAGUUAGAUUGUAAAUAUUGUUCUAAUAUUCGGCCAGGACCGACUUGUUUUAAAAAACAUACUAGAACAGUCUCGUAUAGCGAGGUUGGACGUAGCCCCCUCCGCAAGUAUCUCUAUGAUUUUGGCCUGCGAAUGGGUGUUCGAAAAAUUAUUCUGUUUUUUAGACUACCCGAUUCCCCAGGUGAGAUGCCUGCGGAGGAGGCUAGGUUGGAAGGAUUUUAUUUAAAUUUAUUUUAUCUAGACCAUGUUUUAAAUGGUUUUAGAAUUUAUAGUUAGAAUAUGAACUGUUUCCUUAAAAGAAAACGAUAAAAUGUUAUUUAUUCAGGAAUUCUUUGUCUUGGGUUACUUUGUCUUUUCAUUCAAAAUUAUUUUUGAAAAUCUCUCGUGCACUGCUCUCCAUGCUACCCAGCCACCCACUGUUUGAGGAACAUCCGCAGAGAGCAAGGUCCAUAACGGCGGGGGCCCUUAUUCUCAUGCAGAAUACUCAGAACAUAGAAUGUUUUUUUGUUUUUUUUUAAUUUUUUGUAUAAAAAUCUACUUAAAAUAUAUUACAAUAAUUUGAA